AGCAAAUUGGUAACUUUGUUUCAAAAUGAAGUUUUUAUUCAUACCAUUAGUUUGCUGUCACUUUCCCAUUAUCAAAGCAAAUUUCCCAUUAUUAAGUUGCUGGGCAACCCUCGGAAUAUCCCGACGCUCCUACUCCAGUGGGCCUCAGUUAGCCUCCCUAACAUGUCAUUGACGUCUUGCCCGGUAGUAGCUAGCCUCCCCAACAUGUCACUGACAUCCUGCCUAGUAGUCUAAAGGUGCUUUCUCUCCAUUCUACCAUCUUUGUAAAAUAAAAAAAUUACCCAGAUUUUUCAAUGAAUUUCCAAAAUUUGGAAACUUCAACGAAAUCCUGAAACUGCAUUAUUAGUAUGGGUCCCUUGUUGACUUCACAAGUCCCCACAAAAAUGUCUCUUAUCCUUAUUAAUCUUCUUGGCUGAUACUAGUCUAGCACUGCAAAUCUGCAAUUCUCAAACUUUUGCAUCUUCAUUUUGUGAGGGAGAUGGCUGAGGCUGUGCUUGAAAUUGCUCUUGAGAAUUUGAGCUCACUCAUUCAGAAGGAGCUUGGCUUGUUUCUGGGUUCUGAUCAAGAAUUCAAAAGGCUGUCCAGCACACUCACUGCAAUCAAGGCAACACUUGAAGAUGCAGAGGAGAGACAAUUCACUGAGAAAGCUAUUAAGGAUUGGCUGCGAAAGCUGAAAGAUGCUGCUUAUGUUCUGGAUGACAUCUUGGACGAGUGUGCCACUGAAGCGCUGGAGAUGGAGAAUGGAGGAUUCAUGUGUGGUUUAUCAGACAAGGUACAAAGCUCUUGUUUAUCAUCUUUUCAUCCCAAGCAUGUUGUCUUCCGUCGUAGAAUUGCUAAGAAAAUGAAGAGGAUAAGUGAGAGGUUAGAUGAAAUUUCUGACGAGAGGAGUAGGUUUCAUUUAACUGAGAUGGUUACACAGAAAAGAGCUGAGUGGCGCCAAACCACCUCCAUCAUUGCUCAGCCUCAAGUCUAUGGAAGAGAUGAAGAUAAGGAUAAAAUUGUAGACUUUUUGGUUGGUGAUUCUUCGAGUUUCGAGGACUUAGCGGUCUAUCCAAUACUAGGUUUGGGUGGACUUGGAAAAACAACACUUGCCCAACUUAUCUUCAAUCAUGAGAGGGUAGUCAACCACUUUAAACAAAGAAUUUGGGUGUGCGUUUCGGAAGAUUUCAGCUUGAAAAGAAUGACAAAAGCUAUCAUAGAAUCAGCAUCCGGGCAUGCCUGUGAGGAUUUAGAUCUAGACCCACUGCAGAGGAAACUUAUAGAUUUACUGCAAGGAAGAAGAUAUUUGAUUGUUCUGGACGAUGUGUGGGACGAUGAACAAGAGAAUUGGCUGAGGUUGAAAUCUUUACUGAUACAUGGAGGUAAGGGUGCUUCAAUUUUGGUCACUACUCGUCUCCAGAAAGUUGCAGCCAUCAUGGGAACAAUACCUCCUUAUGAAUUAUCAAUGCUAUCUGAUGAUAAUUGUUGGGAAUUGUUUAAACAACGAGCAUUUGGACCGAACGAGGUAGAACGUGCAGAGCUUGUGGGCAUAGGAAAGGAGAUAGUAAAGAAGUGUGGGGGAGUGCCUCUUGCAGCAAUAGCACUAGGAAGUCUUUUGCGCUUUAAAAGAGAGGAAAAAGAAUGGCUCUGUGUCAAGGAAAGCAAACUUUGGAGCUUGCAAGGUGAGAACUUUGUCAUGCCUGCCUUGAGACUAAGUUACUUGAACUUGCCCGUGAAAUUGAGACAAUGUUUUUCCUUCUGUGCAUUAUUUUCCAAAGAUGAAAUAAUAAGCAGGCAGUUUCUAAUUGAACUUUGGAUGGCUAAUGGAUUGGUUUCGUCCAAUGAAAUGGUGGAUGCAGAGGAUAUCGGAGAUGAGUUAUUUAAUGAAUUAUAUUGGAGAUCAAAUUUUCAAGAUAUUAAGACAGAUGAAUUUGGCAAAAUUACAAGUUUCAAGAUGCAUGAUCUUGUUCAUGAUCUUGCUCAAUAUGUUGCUGAGGAAGUCUGUUGCAGUGCAGUUAAUAAUGGUAUAGCUGAUGUGUCUGAAGGAAUCCGGCACCUAUCAUUUUAUAGGACAGCCUCAUGGAAACAGGAAGUUAGUUCAAUCCAGUCGGGUCGAUUCAAAUCUUUGAAGACCUGCAUAUUAGGGGAACAUGGUCAUCUAUUUGGGGGUCGUUCAGUAGAGGCAUUGAAAUCUAAUUCUUUGCGGAUGCUUAACUACCACCGCCUAGGAAGUUUGUCAACUUCAAUUGGUCGUUUCAAAUAUCUAAGACACUUAGAUAUCUCUUCCGGAUCGUUCAAAUCUCUUCCGGAAUCCCUUUGCAUGCUCUGGAAUUUGCAGAUUUUGAAAUUAGACAAUUGUCGUUAUCUGGAAAAGUUACCUGCUAGUUUGGUACGCCUAAAAGCUCUACAGCAUCUAUCAUUGAUUGGCUGCUAUUCUUUAUCAAGAUUUCCCCCUCAAAUGGGGAAGUUGACUUGUCUAAGGACUUUAAGCAUGUAUUUUGUUGGCAAGGAAGAAGGGUUCCAGUUGGCAGAAUUGGGACGAUUGAACCUUAAAGGACAACUUCACAUCAAGCACCUGGAGAAAGUAAAAAGUGUAAUUGAUGCUCAAGAAGCCAAUAUGUCGAGUAAGCACCUGAAUCAUUUGCAGUUGUCAUGGGGGAGAAAUGAAGACUGCCAAUCACAGGAAAAUGUUGAGCAGAUUCUUGAAGUGCUUCAACCUCAUACCCAUCAACUUCAAAUUCUUGCUGUGGAAGGAUAUACAGGUGCAUGUUUCCCACAAUGGAUGUCCAGUCUUUCUCUCAAGUAUUUAAAUUCUUUAAAACUUGUGGAUUGCGAAAGCUGCUUAGACCUUCCUCAGCUAGGGAAGCUACCUGCUCUGAAGUAUCUAGGUAUAUCUAACACGAGUUGUGAAAUAGUAUACUUAUACGAGGAGUCCUGUGCUGAUGGAAUUUUCAUAGCUCUGGAAUCUCUUAAACUGGAGAAGAUGCCGAACUUGAAGAAGUUAUCGAGGGAGGAUGGAGAAAACAUGUUCCCGCGCCUUUCAGAACUUGAAAUUAUUGAAUGUCCUCAAUUGUUAGGGCUGCCGUGCCUUCCAUCUCUCAACAGUCUAAUGAUGCGAGGGAAAGGAAACCAAGAUUUACUAAGUUCAAUUCAUAAAUUCCACAGUCUUGAACAUCUCUACUUGGGAGGGAAUAAAGAGAUAACUUGCUUUCCAAAUGGGAUGCUAAGUAACCUUUCUUCUCUAAAAAGACUGCACAUUUUUGGUUGCUCCAAACUUGAGGAGUUACUCCCAAAUGAAGUCGUUAACCUUGGUGCUCUCCAACCACUGGACAUAAAACAUUGCCAGAGCCUAAAUUCAUUAACAGAUGGAGUAUUGCAAGGGUUGCAGUCUCUCAAGAAAUUAGUUAUUGUGGGGUGCCAUAAGUUCAAUAUGUCAGCAGGUUUUCAAUACCUAACUUGCCUUGAGUAUUUGGUGAUUCAUGGUAGCUCAGAAAUGGAAGGAUUACAUGAGGCUUUACAGCAUGUGACUGCCCUGAAAACCUUAGUAUUGUGUAAUCUUCCAAACCUAGAAUGCCUGCCUGCCUACUUGGGAAACCUUGGCUCGCUUCAAUUAUUAGCUAUUUCUAAGUGCCCCAAGUUGACGUGUAUUCGCAUGAGUAUCCAAUCCCUGAAAAUGUUGGGAAUUUACAGUUGUGAAGUGCUAGGGAAGCGAUGUCAGGCAGAAACAGGGGAGGAUUGGUCAAAUAUAGCUCAUGUUCAAGAUAUUGUAAUACUAAACAGUGGACCGCUCUUGGGCAUCAGCGGGUUGAGUAAAGACGAACAUAUGGCUGCAGCUUCAUUCAAGCACAACGACCUUGAAGAAUUAGAAGCGAUCUAUUCCACACUGAUGUUGCAGCAACAGUUACUGCCAAAUAACUGAGACUUCACAAACGUGAAUGAAAAAUGUUUCUACACCUUUCAGAAUUGGAGUUGAUUAGUUUCUCUGAUUCUCAAAUGUAUUACUAAUACUGAUGUGUUUCUAGUUAUUUUCUUCCUUUCUAAUGCUGAUUUUGUUUUCUUUCACUCUGUAAGUGUGAGAGGAAGGUGGUAUAAUGUACAACUGUUUGUCAUUUUACUACAUUGAGGUUUUAUAGGUGGUCCAUAUCUUUCAUUCUCAUACAUAAUGUUGAUUGUUGAACAUGGGCAGUUAAUUUGAGAUGUUACUGUCAUAUUGAUUUGGAUCAGUGCAUGACAUAAUUUCAUA